AUGGCAACCACCACGGUGACCGAUGCCGGCAGUGUGAGGAUCAUCACGGAGGUGAUCCCGGCCACGGAUCCCCGGGCGGCCCAGCUGGCCUCAGGCUCCAAGGCACCUGCCAGGACCUCAUUCCAAACGCAAGUCUUCCUGAGGGCUCAUCCCAAGGUGUUGGGGACCAUCCACAUCUUCACCGGAAUCAUCCACAUCUGCUUUGGGAUCAUCCUGACAGUGUCGGAGCACAGGAACCCUUCCCUCCCUGUGGCCAGUGGGAUCCUCUUCUGGCUGGGGAUCCUCCUCCUGGUCUCGGGCUCAUUGCUGGUGGAAAGUGAAAAGAGAGACAGCUCUGUGCUGGUCAAGACCUGCUGUGUGGUCAAUGUGGGAGUUGUCCUGGGAACGCUGGUGGCCACUGGGAUCCAUGGCACAGCCAUCACCCGGAACAUUCCCGGCUGCGAGAACCCCGGGCCCUUCCAGAUCCGCCCAGAAUGGUGCCUCAGCGUGCACAGCAAGAUGCUGACCAACGUGCUGGAUUCCAUCUUGGUGAUCCUCAGCCUAUUGGAAUUCUGCGUGGCCGUGGCGGUUCUGGCGUUUGGAUACGACACAGUCCGGCAGCACACAUACACCCAGCUGGCGCUGUAG